AUGGUAUUAUCAGAGAAAGUGAACCAGCUAAUGGAGUGGGCUAGUAAAAGAUCUGUUAUUCGAAUGAAUGGAGACAAAUUUCGACGCCUCGUGAAGGCACCACCCAGAAAUUACUCGGUGAUUGUGAUGUUCACUGCUCUUCAGCCUCACAGACAGUGUGUUGUGUGCAAGCAAGCUGAUGAGGAAUACCAGAUUCUGGCAAACUCCUGGCGAUAUUCCAGUGCAUUUACCAAUAAGAUAUUUUUUGCUAUGGUAGAUUUUGAUGAAGGCUCAGAUGUAUUUCAGAUGCUAAACAUGAAUUCUGCUCCCACCUUCAUUAACUUUCCUGCUAAAGGGAAGCCUAAACGGGGUGACACAUAUGAACUACAGGUGCGCGGCUUUGCAGCUGAACAGCUUGCUCGUUGGGUGGCUGACAGAACUGAUGUCAAUAUCCGUGUGAUAAGGCCACCAAACUAUGCUGGACCCUUGAUGUUAGGACUGCUGCUGGCUGUCGUCGGAGGCCUUGUAUAUUUGCGUGGAAGCAAUCUGGAUUUUCUGUAUAACAAAACCGGCUGGGCAUUUGCUGCUUUGUGUUUUGUGUUGGCGAUGACAUCAGGGCAGAUGUGGAACCACAUUAGAGGUCCGCCCUAUGCUCACAAGAAUCCCCAUACAGGACAAGUGAGCUAUAUCCAUGGAAGCAGCCAAGCCCAAUUUGUGGCAGAAACACACAUUGUUCUUCUGUUUAAUGGUGGUGUUACUUUAGGAAUGGUACUUCUCCACGAAGCUGCUACUUCGGACAUGGAUGUAGUUAGGGAAAAGAAAAAUCAUGUGUAUUGCUGGUAUUGGCUUGGUGGUGUUGUUCUUCAGCUGGUUGCUGUCAGUCUUCAGAUCUAAAUACCAUGGCUACCCAUACAGUUUCCUAAUGAGUUAAAGGAUUCCAGAAUCUGUAACACCAGAAGGAUGGCGACUCUGAAAUUGCGUGUAAUGGAAUGGAAGAGCUAAAUAUGUGUGGUUCGUGCUACCUCUCUUUACACUGAAUGAGAUAGUUAAACACUGAACCAAAGACGACAUGUAGUGCCUUAAAUAUAACAAGCAAUUUGCUCUGAAGGACACAGAGUAUUAAGAUGCAAUCUCUUUUUCAUAAGCUUUACAUCUUCUUAAACAACUCUUCUUCUAGUGAAAUUCAGAACUUAACACUUAGAACUACAUUUCUGUAGACUAAUUAGAAACAGUACUUUGAAUUCAGUUGGAUAAUCUGUUUUCCAUAUGUUUCUUUAUCCCUCAAAUAUUUAUCACUUUAUUUCCUGUUUGUGCAUAGCAGGUGACAAUAGCUUCUCUUUCAUGCCUUUCCAUGGUUGAGAAAACAUCUUCACGUACCUAGAAAUCUUUUCUUUCCGUCUGUGUACAACCCUUGGAGCAUACUCCAGAUUCCAGUGUGGAAUGUGCAUGUCGUAGAGCUGUAUCUCAUUUUUGAGAAGAGUACUUAAUGGCUGUAUGAUAUGAGAGGUUGCUUCACAGAUGAAGGGAGAAUUUUCAACAGGUAG